AUGAAGUUCCUUAGUCUCGCAGUUACCUUCCUCCCCCUCCUGGCCGCCGCCGCCCCCGUCGCGGACCCCGAAGCCGAAGCAGAUGGAGAGCUAGACCUUGAGAAGCGCACAUCAGCGCAGACUUGCAAAAUCGUCAAUGUCGACCAUUAUGUCAACUGCCGGUACGAUGCGAAGUUGGACGCGGGCGCAAUCUUUGGGUUUCCCAAGGGAGAGAAACUCACCUUUGCGUGUUGGAAGCAUGGCGAUUGCUAUAAUGGGGUUUGUUUUAAGGUCGGCCCUGGUGCUAAUGUCAAUGACUUGAAAUGGGAGGCUCGACAUGGGUUUGACAAUGAGGUUGCUAGAUACCGUGCGUAUAAGGGUACGUGGACUGGUAUGUGGCAGAAAGGCCGGAACUUGUUUUGGCUGGCGAAACGGCUUUUAUGGGCUGGAAGUGUGACGGAAAUCAAGGCUUGGAACGUGUAUCAGGCCUCGACUGCUAAUGAAACUUCACUUUCGCUGGUGGGCAUCGCGCAGAACCGGGCAUUCGAGACGGUGGUUGAUCUAGGGUCCACUGGGUGCUUCCUCAUGGAUGGAUUUAAGAGUGCGAAAUCUUCCAUUGUUUGCUCUGACUAG